AUGAGCCAGUGCUUACUCGGGAGUCUCCAGCAGUGUGCGCGAGACGCCUCUGUGGGGCACGUGUCGGCCGGCAGUGCUGUGGCAGCUGCCGCCGCGGGCCCCACGUGGCCACUGGCUGGCUGGAUGGGGAGCCGCCAGAGGAGACCUGCAGAGGCGGGGCCGCAGCCAGCAGCCAGCAGCCAGCAGCCAGCUCCCCACCCAGACAGCCACGGCCUCCACAGCAGUGCUGGCGCCGCAGCUGGUGGUGCACGCAGGAGGGCGGCCGGCAGUGCUGUGGCAGCUGCCGCCGCGGGCCCCACGUGGCCACUGGCUGGCUGGAUGGGGAGCCGCCAGAGGAGACCUGCAGAGGCGGGGCCGCAGCCAGCAGCCAGCAGCCAGCAGCCAGCUCCCCACCCAGACAGCCACGGCCUCCACAGCAGUGCUGGCGCCGCAGCUGGUGGUGCACGCAGGAGGGCGGCCGGCAGUGCUGUGGCAGCUGCCGCCGCGGGCCCCACGUGGCCACUGGCUGGCUGGAUGGGGAGCUGCCAGAGGAGACCUGCAGAGGCGGGGCCGCAGCCAGCAGCCAGCAGCCAGCAGCCAGCUCCCCACCCAGACAGCCACGGCCUCCACAGCAGUGCUGGCGCCGCAGCUGGUGGUGCACGCAGGAGGGCGGCCGGCAGUGCUGUGGCAGCUGCCGCCGCGGGCCCCACGUGGCCACUGGCUGGCUGGAUGGGGAGCCGCCAGAGGAGACCUGCAGAGGCGGGGCCGCAGCCAGCAGCCAGCAGCCAGCAGCCAGCAGCCAGCUCCCCACCCAGCCAGCCACGGCCUCCACAGCAGUGCUGGCGCCGCAGCUGGUGGUGCACGCAGGAGGGCGGCAGGCAGUGCUGUGGCAGCUGCCGCCGCGGGCCCCACGUGGCCACUGGCUGGCUGGAUGGGGAGCCGCCAGAGGAGACCUGCAGAGGCGGGGCCGCAGCCAGCAGCCAGCAGCCAGCAGCCAGCUCCCCACCCAGACAGCCACGGCCUCCACAGCAGUGCUGGCGCCGCAGCUGGUGGUGCACGCAGGAGGGCGGCCGGCAGUGCUGUGGCAGCUGCCGCCGCGGGCCCCACGUGGCCACUGGCUGGCUGGAUGGGGAGCCGCCAGAGGAGACCUGCAGAGGCGGGGCCGCAGCCAGCAGCCAGCAGCCAGCAGCCAGCUCCCCACCCAGACAGCCACGGCCUCCACAGCAGUGCUGGCGCCGCAGCUGGUGGUGCACGCAGGAGGGCGGCCGGCAGUGCUGUGGCAGCUGCCGCCGCGGGCCCCACGUGGCCACUGGCUGGCUGGAUGGGGAGCCGCCAGAGGAGACCUGCAGAGGCGGGGCCGCAGCCAGCAGCCAGCAGCCAGCAGCCAGCAGCCAGCUCCCCACCCAGCCAGCCACGGCCUCCACAGCAGUGCUGGCGCCGCAGCUGGUGGUGCACGCAGGAGGGCGGCAGGCAGUGCUGUGGCAGCUGCCGCCGCGGGCCCCACGUGGCCACUGGCUGGCUGGAUGGGGAGCCGCCAGAGGAGACCUGCAGAGGCGGGGCCGCAGCCAGCAGCCAGCAGCCAGCAGCCAGCUCCCCACCCAGACAGCCACGGCCUCCACAGCAGUGCUGGCGCCGCAGCUGGUGGUGCACGCAGGAGGGCGGCCGGCAGUGCUGUGGCAGCUGCCGCCGCGGGCCCCACGUGGCCACUGGCUGGCUGGAUGGGGAGCCGCCAGAGGAGACCUGCAGAGGCGGGGCCGCAGCCAGCAGCCAGCAGCCAGCAGCCAGCUCCCCACCCAGACAGCCACGGCCUCCACAGCAGUGCUGGCGCCGCAGCUGGUGGUGCACGCAGGAGGGCGGCCGGCAGUGCUGUGGCAGCUGCCGCCGCGGGCCCCACGUGGCCACUGGCUGGCUGGAUGGGGAGCCGCCAGAGGAGACCUGCAGAGGCGGGGCCGCAGCCAGCAGCCAGCAGCCAGCAGCCAGCAGCCAGCUCCCCACCCAGCCAGCCACGGCCUCCACAGCAGUGCUGGCGCCGCAGCUGGUGGUGCACGCAGGAGGGCGGCAGGCAGUGCUGUGGCAGCUGCCGCCGCGGGCCCCACGUGGCCACUGGCUGGCUGGAUGGGGAGCCGCCAGAGGAGACCUGCAGAGGCGGGGCCGCAGCCAGCAGCCAGCAGCCAGCAGCCAGCUCCCCACCCAGACAGCCACGGCCUCCACAGCAGUGCUGGCGCCGCAGCUGGUGGUGCACGCAGGAGGGCGGCCGGCAGUGCUGUGGCAGCUGCCGCCGCGGGCCCCACGUGGCCACUGGCUGGCUGGAUGGGGAGCCGCCAGAGGAGACCUGCAGAGGCGGGGCCGCAGCCAGCAGCCAGCAGCCAGCAGCCAGCUCCCCACCCAGACAGCCACGGCCUCCACAGCAGUGCUGGCGCCGCAGCUGGUGGUGCACGCAGGAGGGCGGCCGGCAGUGCUGUGGCAGCUGCCGCCGCGGGCCCCACGUGGCCACUGGCUGGCUGGAUGGGGAGCUGCCAGAGGAGACCUGCAGAGGCGGGGCCGCAGCCAGCAGCCAGCAGCCAGCAGCCAGCUCCCCACCCAGACAGCCACGGCCUCCACAGCAGUGCUGGCGCCGCAGCUGGUGGUGCACGCAGGAGGGCGGCCGGCAGUGCUGUGGCAGCUGCCGCCGCGGGCCCCACGUGGCCACUGGCUGGCUGGAUGGGGAGCCGCCAGAGGAGACCUGCAGAGGCGGGGCCGCAGCCAGCAGCCAGCAGCCAGCAGCCAGCAGCCAGCUCCCCACCCAGCCAGCCACGGCCUCCACAGCAGUGCUGGCGCCGCAGCUGGUGGUGCACGCAGGAGGGCGGCAGGCAGUGCUGUGGCAGCUGCCGCCGCGGGCCCCACGUGGCCACUGGCUGGCUGGAUGGGGAGCCGCCAGAGGAGACCUGCAGAGGCGGGGCCGCAGCCAGCAGCCAGCAGCCAGCAGCCAGCUCCCCACCCAGACAGCCACGGCCUCCACAGCAGUGCUGGCGCCGCAGCUGGUGGUGCACGCAGGAGGGCGGCCGGCAGUGCUGUGGCAGCUGCCGCCGCGGGCCCCACGUGGCCACUGGCUGGCUGGAUGGGGAGCCGCCAGAGGAGACCUGCAGAGGCGGGGCCGCAGCCAGCAGCCAGCAGCCAGCAGCCAGCUCCCCACCCAGACAGCCACGGCCUCCACAGCAGUGCUGGCGCCGCAGCUGGUGGUGCACGCAGGAGGGCGGCCGGCAGUGCUGUGGCAGCUGCCGCCGCGGGCCCCACGUGGCCACUGGCUGGCUGGAUGGGGAGCUGCCAGAGGAGACCUGCAGAGGCGGGGCCGCAGCCAGCAGCCAGCAGCCAGCAGCCAGCUCCCCACCCAGACAGCCACGGCCUCCACAGCAGUGCUGGCGCCGCAGCUGGUGGUGCACGCAGGAGGGCGGCCGGCAGUGCUGUGGCAGCUGCCGCCGCGGGCCCCACGUGGCCACUGGCUGGCUGGAUGGGGAGCCGCCAGAGGAGACCUGCAGAGGCGGGGCCGCAGCCAGCAGCCAGCAGCCAGCAGCCAGCAGCCAGCUCCCCACCCAGACAGCCACGGCCUCCACAGCAGUGCUGGCGCCGCAGCUGGUGGUGCACGCAGGAGGGCGGCCGGCAGUGCUGUGGCAGCUGCCGCCGCGGGCCCCAUGUGGCCACUGGCUGGCUGGAUGGGGAGCCGCCAGAGGAGACCUGCAGAGGCGGGGCCGCAGCCAGCAGCCAGCAGCCAGCAGCCAGCUCCCCACCCAGACAGCCACGGCCUCCACAGCAGUGCUGGCGCCGCAGCUGGUGGUGCACGCAGGAGGGCGGCCGGCAGUGCUGUGGCAGCUGCCGCCGCGGGCCCCACGUGGCCACUGGCUGGCUGGAUGGGGAGCCGCCAGAGGAGACCUGCAGAGGCGGGGCCGCAGCCAGCAGCCAGCAGCCAGCAGCCAGCAGCCAGCUCCCCACCCAGCCAGCCACGGCCUCCACAGCAGUGCUGGCGCCGCAGCUGGUGGUGCACGCAGGAGGGCGGCCGGCAGUGCUGUGGCAGCUGCCGCCGCGGGCCCCACGUGGCCACUGGCUGGCUGGAUGGGGAGCUGCCAGAGGAGACCUGCAGAGGCGGGGCCGCAGCCAGCAGCCAGCAGCCAGCAGCCAGCAGCCAGCAGCCAGCUCCCCACCCAGCCAGCCACGGCCUCCACAGCAGUGCUGGCGCCGCAGCUGGUGGUGCACGCAGGAGGGCGGCCGGCAGUGCUGUGGCAGCUGCCGCCGCGGGCCCCACGUGGCCACUGGCUGGCUGGAUGGGGAGCUGCCAGAGGAGACCUGCAGAGGCGGGGCCGCAGCCAGCAGCCAGCAGCCAGCAGCCAGCAGCCAGCAGCCAGCUCCCCACCCAGCCAGCUACGGCCUCCACAGCAGUGCUGGCGCCGCAGCUGGUGGUGCACGCAGGAGGGCGGCCGGCAGUGCUGUGGCAGCUGCCGCCGCGGGCCCCACGUGGCCACUGGCUGGCUGGAUGGGGAGCUGCCAGAGGAGACCUGCAGAGGCGGGGCCGCAGCCAGCAGCCAGCAGCCAGCAGCCAGCAGCCAGCAGCCAGCUCCCCACCCAGCCAGCUACGGCCUCCACAGCAGUGCUGGCGCCGCAGCUGGUGGUGCACGCAGGAGGGCGGCCGGCAGUGCUGUGGCAGCUGCCGCCGCGGGCCCCACGUGGCCACUGGCUGGCUGGAUGGGGAGCUGCCAGAGGAGACCUGCAGAGGGUCGUGAAACUGUUGUUAGCAGACUGGCUGUGUCCGCAGUGCAACACAAGAGAUGCCGUAUACAGGACAGAGGGGAGUUGGGUACAUCUACUCCUCACACAGCGCCCCCUGAAGUGAGUCUGUUGGUUGCUGUAUACUGUAGUGCUGACUCCUGCUCUACUGGUGGGAUCGAUGGUGCGAAAAAGGAUUUUGAGAUAGCUGAUGUGUGUCCUAGCAUCUUCCAGAAACAUACAGGCGUGGGGCAGUCAUUGGGAUUUCUGGUGUUGCAAUGA